CAGGGCCACGCCCAGCGCGGAGCCCGCCCGCAGGCAGGCCGUGCCCGCGCACGCUCUGUCCCGCCGGGCUCCACGCUCCUGUGCGGGGGCCGUGGUGAAGCUGGGGAUCGCCUGCCCGCCAGGGCGCGCCCCCGAGCGCCGCCUCAGCAGCGCCCGAGACCGAGCCAGGAGCGGGCAGCGCCGAGACACCGGCCCUGCUGCCACCGCCGCGGGGAACGUGGAUCCUUGGUCAGGAGUCUGGCAGAGACCAUGAGCUGUUUCUAGGCUCUAGCCUUCUGACUUUCAGUUUGUGAGGGGAGUUUGCGACACCAGGGGCCAUGGCAGACUGGGUUCUCCUCGGACUGAUUGGGGCAUUGCUUGUGCUCCUGCUGCUGACUCUCUUUGGCUUUGCCAUCUAUUCGGGGCUCUUCUCGGAAGUGGUUGUGAGUGCUGGCUCGCCCCCCAUCCGCAACAUCACCCUGGCGUACAAGUUCAAAGUGGGGCCCUACGGCGACUGUGGCAAGCUGUUCACGGAGAGCUGCAGCAUCUCUCCGAAGCUAUGUUCCAUUGGCGUCUACUAUGACAACCCUCACACGGUGCCACCUGAGAAAUGCCGCUACAUUGUGGGCUGCAUCCUGAGCGAGGGGGAGGAGAAGCCAUCAGAGGAUCUGAUCCGACUCUUCCAGAAGUUUGGCUUCAAGAUCUUUUCCUUCCCGGCUCCCAGCCAUGUGGUCAUGGCAACCUUCCCAUUCACCACACCCUUCUCCAUCCAGCUGGCGGUGAACCGUGUCCACCCGGCCCUCGACACUUACAUCAAGGAGAGGAAGCUGUGCGCCCAUCCCAGGCUGGAGAUCUACAAAGGAGACCGCAUCUAUUUUGUGUGCCCCCUGGCACGCCAAGGGGACUUCUAUGUGCCGGAAAUGAAAGAGAUGGAGCGGAAGAGCAGAGUGGCAGAGGCAGACGAUGCACAGACAGAUAUCACAGGGGCUGAUACCCUGAGCGAGACGAGCUCCAUCAGCCUGGAGGCCACAACCGAUAGCAGAGAGACUUCGGUGGCCACCUCCAUCCUGUCCCCCUUCACAGCUGGCCGCGGGCGGGAUGAACUGGACAAUCACAGCGAGCACAGCUACAGCGAGUCAGGGGCCAGCGGCUCCUCCUUCGAGGACCUGGAUCUGGAAGGCAACGGCGAUGGGUCGGCAGGGCAGCCUUCUGACCUGGGCUAUGCCGAGGAGCAGGAGACCACAAAGGCCAAGUGGGCUAAGGAGCCCACUGCUCUGGAGAAAGAGAGGGGUGAAGAAUAAACCAGAGUCCUUCCAGCUUCCUCCCCUUUAGUCGGAAGGAACUGAUCUGUCCUGUUUUCUUUCUCUCUAGCCAAGAGAUUUCAGUCACCCAUUCCCAUUGAGCCCCUCUCCCCAUCCUCUGAAGAUAGAUGUUCUGGUUGUUACAAAGAAGGACAGCUCCACCAAGGGGGAGCAUAGCUAGGAGCUGUUCUCCAGGAGCCUUUCACCCGCUUGUGUGCUGUAGCAGAGAGCUAGGGGUGCAGUCUGUUUGAUGAGCAGUGAAAUGUACUUCCAGGCUGCGUGUGUAUAAAUGCGUGGUGAUCUCUCUGCACGAGGGGUGUGUGUGUGAGUGAGAGAGAGACAGAAAUGUUCUCCCUUUGCCUGUCUCCCUGCUCCAGCCCUCCAUCUCCUCAAGGCAGCCUGGUUUUCCACCAUAUAGACACACAUUGAGCCACACUGGCACCAAAGAGCAGACAGUGGUUUUAUUCCAUGGGAAAAGGAAAUAUACAAUGUAAAAUCGUCCUCCUGAAACAGAUGUUAAGCUUUUGGGAUCUGUAAUAAAGCAAAUGCUUUUCCUCUGAGAUGUGAGGGCUCAAGGGGAGGGUCGUUGUGAUUCUGUCCUUUAACGCGUUGGCUUGUCUGUUACCCGGCCCCGUGGAGAGCUGAACAAGCCACACGCUUGGCACUUGCGCUGUUUCCAAGUGAUUUUUGGAACAAAAGUGGUGCUCCCAGCUGAUCCAACUUUGAAGUUUCUUAGCGGCUUGCCUGGGUGGUGUGAAAUGCAGUGGGACCCAUGCCAUCCAGACCUUGGUGAGCAGAUAUCCCCGUCACUGAAAUCACUAUCAUUGCUGGCACUUGGCCUCCUGCAUAGCAGUUUGAACAGUGAGGCCAGGAGUGAAAGGACCAUGGAGACCGAACUCCCUAAGGGCCAGACAUGCUCCUUCCAGCGAAGGAAAGCCAGCACUUCUGCCCCUGUGCCAUGGUAGAGAACUUCAGGUCUAGGAUUGCUGCUCUGACUCCAGCCCCUUUAAAAGUCACUUAGAAUAAAACCUCUCAAUUUGUCACUCAAAUCCUCAUCUCCAAGCGUGAAGUCUGAUCCAGUCAGCUGCCUGUUCCCACCUCCUCCUUUCCCACCCUGUUUCUAGCCAGACCAUGUCCUGGGCUUGACAUUGCUAAAGACACGCUUGCAUCAUCUGUUGCAGCCUCCUUGAGUAUUUUCAAUGGACAUAUUCCUUUGUGGAGGAGAUUGGGGUGUACAGGGGGCUGGUCCGUGUUCUUCUUUGUGAUGGAUUUGGGGAACAAAGUCCUUUCCUGGUUUAGGUUACAGAUUCCUGAGUGUUGUGUUGUGCUAUAGAAGUGUCUGUGCAGGAGGGGCGGCUGGAUGUGGUAGAGCAGAGGUCAUGCAAUGGUGUCUGUCACAAGGUGCCUCCUGCAUGAAACGCCCUCCUGCAGCAAGUCAAGGCACAAUGUGACUCAGUGUCCCUCCUUCAGAAUCCCCAGAAAUAGUCCAAACAGUCUUCUGUGGACCAAUGGCAGUGGUGGGGUUAAUUGAUUAAAAAAGAAAGCCCUGUGCACAGAUACCCUAACAAAACCAGUCCCAACACCGAGUCCCACAACCAUAGUUCAGACAGUACCUCAAGCAGGGCUCUGGUGUUCCUUGCCUUGCCCCGGCUCUCCGGUAUGGCUCCCUCACCAUGCCCCAGUUCUCCAGUACGGCUCCUUCCUCCCUCACCAUGCUCCAGCUCUCCAGUACGGCUCCUUCCUCCCUCGCCGUGCCCCAGCUCUCCAGUACGGCUCCUUCAUCCCUCACUAUGCCCCUGCUCUCCAGUAUGGCUCCUUCCUCGCUUGCCAUGCCCCAGCUCUCUGCUGCGGCUCCCUCGCCAUGCCCCAGCUCUUCAGUAUGGCUCCUUCAUCCCACACCAUGCCCCUGCUCUCUAGUACAGCUCCCUCGCCAUGCCCCAGCUCUCCAGUACAGCUCCUUCCUUCCUGGCCAUGCCGCAGCUCUCUGAUACAUCUCCUUCAUGCUUCGCCACACUCCGGCUCUCCAGUAUGGCUCGAGCAUUCCUCACCAUGUCUCAUUCUCAGCCUGGCCUGGCUUACAUCAGGCAUCUCAAGCUACUGGUCUCAACCUUCAGCCCUCUCCUUUCUUCUCUGGCCAUGGUGUUCUGGCUCUGGCUCAGCCCCUCCACAGGCUCCCUGCUAAUUCCUCCCUCUUUCCAGGGACAGCCUGCAGGGAGCCUCUCUGUGGCUUUCCCCAAAGACCUCUUCCUGUCUUCUCACUCUCAGGUCUUUCUCUCACCAGGUCUCCUCUCAGAUUCUCCCUGAUACUUUAUAGCCCUCAGGUGCUACCCCCUCCUUAAUUGGCCAAACUGGGAGCACCUGUUCUGGCACAAGAAGCUGGACCUACUUCAAUCUCAGGGGACAGCAUGCCAGUGCUGGCUCUGUAUCAGAGCUAGUGCAAGGGAUGGAAGCCAGGAGACUAGUGCAGCUGGGGCUAAGUGCUGGUGGUUCUCAGAUGCCGUAGUAUAGUGGCACAGACAGGAAGUAUUCAUUGCAGCCCAGGGGCUGCAGGAAUAUCCCAGCAUUGCAGAUUCCUAGGUGCUGUAGUUGAGGGGAGCUGGUGUACAAGUGCUGGAAAUUCCUGGAUGCUGUUAUUGGUCUACUUUGGUCUCAUUAGAUUUUCCUUGAUGUUGUGUUGUAGCAGAAACCGUGUCUGAUAACAGCUGGGAGUUGUACUAUUCAUUCUGCCCUUGUGCUAGCUGCAAAACCCUAAAUCUUAAGCGUCCUCAUGGUGGAGUGGAGAUUCCAUGAGGCCCAUCUGUUGCUGGUGACAUAACCUGUAGAUUGGUUUGGGUCUAACGCAUCUGCCUCAAGGAUCUAAAAUGAAGCUCUGGCCCAGAUCCAUCCCUGGUGUAAGUCUCUUGAAGCCCGUGGAGAUGGCUUGGAGUCUGGAAUCCAUGAGAGAAGAGCUGUGAGUUUUCAGAGCUUUAUGGCUGUGACUUAGUGAAGGCACUGAUAGCAGGGAGGGAGAGAGGAGGGGGUUUGAAAGGGUUGAUCUUCCCCACAGUGCUUCUGCUCCCUGUGCUCACGUCCUGCCUGCGGGGGUCUUGGAUCAAUGUCUCGCUUGGCGUUUGUUAAUGGACCUGGAUCCAUAUUGCGUGAAUGGAGUUUGGCACUCAGCAGUGCAUCAGGCUUGCCUUGUUCCUCAGCAUCGACUCAGCCUGGGAGGAAAUCAGUGGGGAUGCAAUUAUCAGAGCCAUCCCCCUUGCCCUGGCGGGUCUGCCUGGCAGCUCUGCUCUCUCGCCCAGCCCUCCCCAUUGCAUGUUGACUCUCCUCUGUGCUCUUGCUGCUGCAUCUAAAGCCUAGUUUGGCACCACUAUAAAUCUAUCCCAGUGCUUGAGGUGCGUUUCAGAGCUAGUGCUCAACACGGGCAGCAGGCAGCACCUUGCUUUGGGAGGAUGCUUUGCCUGCCCCCUCCCACAAAAGUCAUUGCAUCUAGAAGCUGGAGCAGACACAUCUUCUGAAUAUAGACAGUUGGCUGGGGAUUAACCCCUUGAGUUGGGCCUUAGGGUUUUCCUAAGUGGCAUCACCAUGCACAAUGCCCCAGCUAUUGGUGGCAGGUCUUUGGGCUUAUAGGACCACCUAGGUCUCACUGCAGCUGGCUGUACUCAGUUGGUUCCCUGUGACAUAGCAAUGGCUGAUGGUGCCCCUGGAUUUACUUGAACCUCACCAGCUGCUGCUGCUUGGCAUGCAGUGGUGUUCCCUGGGCAUCAGUCUGGGCACCAAAGAGCAGAUCCUCAGUGCUGCCAGCUCUGAGGGAAGAUUUUACUCAUGAAGCAUCAGCCAUUUCCAAAGACUGUGGGAGCAAGUGUGUGUGUAUCUGUGUGUACCUGUCUUUGCCUGUAUGCAGAUGUGUGUGCGUGUCUGGGUGUACACGUGCAUGUCUGGGUGCCUGUAUGCAGAUGUAUGUGCGUGUCUGUGUGUAUAGGUGCGUGUCUGUGUGUGCUUGGAUGCAGGGAUGUGUACCUGUUUCUCUGGGUCUGUGAGGGCAUGUACGUGUGCAGAGGAAGGAGCAGCAGGAGUGUUGAUAGAAAAUGCACUGUGCUUCCCCCCAGAUUUUGCUGACAUAUGGAAAUAUUAUCCCCUCUCUGCAGCACUGUUGUAUUGUAUUUUAAAGAAAAAAGUAAUUCUGCUCCA